AUGAGAGUAUUUGUAACGUGUGCGACAGCGGUAGCUUGGCUUUUGUCCGUGGUAGACGCCUUUUAUUUGCCGGGCGUGGCUCCUACCACUUAUCAUGAAGGUGACGAAAUUCCAUUGUUGGUGAACCAUCUAACGCCGUCCAUGUACUUCCAGCAUAAAGAUGAAAAUAAUAAGGACACUGGUGACAAGGAAUCGUUUUUAUAUUCUUAUGACUACUACUACGACAAGCUUCAUUUUUGCCGUCCCGAAAAACUGGAGAAGCAGAGGGAAUCUCUUGGAUCCAUCAUAUUCGGGGACAGAAUCUACAACUCUCCGUUCCAUAUCCAGAUGCUGAAAGAGCAAGAGUGUGUUCCCUUGUGUACACAGAAAAUUCCAGCCGAAGACGCCAAAUUCGUGAACAAACUGAUCUACAACGGUUUUUUCCAAAACUGGCUCAUUGACGGUCUUCCAGCAGCUCGUGUCUCCCACGACGGGAGAACUAACUCCGAUUUCUAUACACCUGGCUUUGAGCUUGGAUUGGUUGACGUGGGUGGUUCAAAACUGAGAAUGGGAGGCCAAGGUCAGGGUCAAACUGAACCUGAGUCUCAAGCGCACACCAAUCCAGUGAGCGAGAGCGACUUCCUCGACGAACCCUCUUCCAAGAAAUCCGGUCUCACAAAGAGAAAGAAUGUUGUCAACCCCGAAAAAAUGGUAAAGCAACUCGAAACGCCAUAUUUCGUAAACCAUUUCGACAUCCAAAUUGAGUACCACGAUCGCGGGAACGGAGACUACAGAGUGGUAGGUGUCACAGUCAACCCUGUCUCUAUAGACAGAGCAACCACUGAUUCCUGUGCUGUGACUGGCAAGCUAUUAGAACUAUCGGAAGAGCAAGAAACCGAGGUCAAUUUCUCGUACUCGGUGCACUUCGUGUCAUCGCCCACCGCAUGGGCUACUAGAUGGGAUAAGUACUUGCACGUUUAUGAUCCCAAGAUUCAGUGGUACUCACUAAUCAACUUUUCGCUCGUGGUGAUUCUGCUGUCCUCGGUAAUGAUCCACAGUCUGUAUCGUACUCUGAAGGACGAUUUGUCGCGCUACAACCAGCUAAACUUAGACGACGACUUCCAAGAGGAGACUGGCUGGAAGUUGGUUCAUGGUGAUGUUUUCCGCACUCCCUCGAGGUCCCUUUUGCUGUCGGUUCUCAUUGGCUCAGGUGCUCAACUAUUUUUGAUGGCUGCCUGCACAAUUGCGUUUGCUUUGUUCGGACUCUUGUCUCCAUCAUCGAGAGGGUCAUUAACUACCGUGAUGUUCAUCCUAUAUGCGCUUUUUGGUCUGUUCGGUUCUUAUACGUCUAUGGCCACUUACAAGUUUUUUGGAGGUCAGUACUGGAAAGUGAACAUGCUUUUGACGCCUUUGCUAGUUCCUGGUUCCAUUUUCUGUGUGAUGCUAGCAUUGAACUUCUUUUUGAUUUUCGUCGACUCCGCAGGUGCUCUUCCAUUCGGAACGAUGUGUGCCAUAGUCGCGCUAUGGUUUUUCUUUUCUCUGCCCCUGUCUGCUGUAGGGUCCUUUGUUGCUCGCAAGAAAUGCCAUUGGGAUGAACACCCCACCAAAACAAAACAAAUUCCCAGACAAAUACCUUUCCAGCCGUGGUAUCUUAAAACCAUUCCAGCUGCUCUAAUCGCAGGCAUUUUCCCAUUUGGCUCAAUUGCUGUGGAACUCUAUUUCAUAUACUCCAGUCUGUGGUUUAACAAAAUCUUCUACAUGUUUGGCUUUCUGUUCGUGUCAUUUUUAUUGUUGACUUUGACAACUUCCUUGGUUACCGUUCUGUUAACAUACUAUUCAUUGUGUCUGGAGAACUGGAAGUGGCAAUGGAGAGGCUUCUACAUUGGGGGUGUUGGUUGCGCCAGCUACAUAUUUGUGCAUUCCAUUCUCUUCACGAAAUUCAAAUUAGGUGGUUUGACUACGAUAGUUCUCUACUUGGGCUACUCUCUGUUGAUUUCGCUCUUAUCAUGCCUAAUCACAGGCACUAUUGGCUUCCUCAGCAGUCUGUGGUUUGUGAGAAGAAUCUACUCAUCUAUCAAAGUUGACUGA